AUGUAUAUGGUUGUUGGUCUUUUGCAGACAAGUUUAAUGGAAAUGGAUGCAAAUGAAUUUGAUUACGGAGGGAUGUCGGUUUCACGUCCAGGUGCGGCGGCUAAAAGUAUAAUACUGGUUGGAAACGCAGGUGAUGGGAAAAGUGCAACAGGGAAUAGUAUACUUGGAAGAAAGGCAUUCGAAUCAGUGGUUAGAACUACUGUUGUUACUCGCACUAGUGAGACGCAAACAACUCUAAUGGAAAAUGGACAAACUCUUGCCGUGAUUGAUACUCCAGGAUGGUUGGAUUAUUCCGUUGAUCCUGAAUUUAUUCACAAUGAAAUGCUUAAAUGCAUCAAAAUGGCAAAGGAUGGUAUCCAUGCAAUUCUUCUUGUCAUGUCAAUUUUAACUCAUUUUCCAAGAGAAGAAGAAGAUGGUGUGUCGAUGUUGCAGAAUAUGUUUGGCCCCGAAAUUAUGAACUAUAUGAUUGUAGUUUUCACCGGUGGUGAUGAAUUUGAAGAGGAGUAUGGUAGGAGCCUCGAUUAUUACUUGAGUGAUUCUGAUUGUCCUGGCCCCUUGAAGGAAACUCUGAGAAUGUGCGGGAACAGACGAGUCCUAUUUGAUAACAAAACAAAAGAUGAAGCCAAGAAAUCUGAACAACUGAAGCAACUUCACGACCUAUUAAAUACGAUUGCACACAACAAUGGUGGAAAACCGUAUACACCUACGGUUGUGGAUACAAAUGAAGGAAAAGUGCAUACAAACAAGCUAGUUUUGGAACCGAAGAUAAGUUUAAUGGAAACAGAUGCAAAUGAAUUAGAUUAUGGAAGGAUGUCGGCUUUACCUCCUAGUGCGGCUAAAAGUAUAGUACUCGUUGGAAAAACCGGUGACGGGAAAAGUGCAACGGGGAAUAGCAUACUUGGAAGAAAGGCAUUCAAGUCAAUGUUUACAACUACUACUGUUACUAACACUUGUGAUGUGCAAACAACUGUAAUGGAAAAUGGACAGACUCUUGCGGUGAUUGAUACUCCAGGGUUGUUUGAUUAUUCUUCUGAUCCUGAAUUUGUUCACAAAGAAAGGCUUAAAUGCAUCGAAAUGGCAAAGGAUGGUAUCCAUGCAAUUCUUCUCACCGUGUCAAUUAGAACUCGUUUUUCAAGAGAAGAAGAAGAUGGUGUGUUGAUGUUGCAGAAAUUUUUCGGCCCCGAAAUUAUGGACUAUAUGAUUGUAGUUUUCACUGGAGGUGAUCAAUUUGAAGAAUAUGGUAUGAGCCUCGAUAAUUACUUGGGUGGUUCUGAUUGCCCCGACCCCUUGAAGGUAUGAAAAUCUUCAU